GAUUACGCUGUGUUUACUCGGCUCUGCGCUUGACGUAAUUAUUAAUUUCUGGUGUUUAGUCCUGUCGAGAUUUCUAGAAACGUUUAAAAUCUUAUUUUAUUCGGUUUAUCUUGCUUAAAAGUAUUACGAUUCUUAAGUUUAUUUUUGUACGUUAAUCGCGAAUUCAAUUUAAGAGCGCUAGCGUUAAGUUUGUCUUCUGUGUAUUUAUUUAGUUAUCUGAACUCCAAAACACUAAUGCAGUCAUGACCAAGCACCUAGUUUUAUAGGAAUUUGUGCACUGUUUUGCACUUUUUCUAUCACCAGGGAUAAUUUCCGAUAUUAAAGAGGGUUAACCAGAGUAUGAGUGCCGGAUGUCGUCUAGCGCGACAGUGACGGGCGCGCCCCCGCCGGCCGGCCGCAUGGCGGAGUCGCGCCCCGGCAAGCACACCGUGCACUGGUUCCGCAAGGGGCUGCGCCUGCACGACAACCCGGCGCUGCGCGAGGGCCUCAACGGUGCCGUCACGAUGCGAUGCGUCUUCAUCAUAGACCCCUGGUUCGCCAGCUCGUUCAACGUUGGAAUUAAUAAAUGGAGGUUCCUGUUACAAUGCCUGGACGACUUGGACAGCAGCUUGAAGAAGCUGAACUCGCGGCUGUUCGUGGUGCGCGGGCAGCCGGCGGACGCGCUUCCCAAGCUGUUCCGCGAGUGGGGCACCACCGUGCUCACCUUCGAGGAGGAUCCGGAGCCCUAUGGCCGCGUGCGCGACCACAACAUCAUGUCCAAGUGUCGCGAGGUCGGCAUCACCGUCAUGUCGCGCGUCUCGCACACCUUAUUCAAAUUGGACAAGAUUAUCGAAAGGAAUGGUGGUAAGGCGCCGUUGACGUACCACCAGUUCCAAGCGCUGAUAGCGAGCAUGCCGCCGCCGCCCGCCGCCGAGGCGGCCAUAACGCCACAGCUCUUCAACGGGACCGUCACGCCUGUCUCGGACGACCACGACGAGCGCUUCGGCGUGCCUACACUCGAGGAACUAGGUUUUGAAACAGAGGGGCUAAAACCGCCGGUGUGGGUCGGCGGAGAGAGUGAGGCUUUAGCAAGACUAGAAAGGCAUUUAGAACGGAAAGCGUGGGUCGCUUCAUUCGGGAGACCGAAGAUGACGCCGCAGUCCCUGCUAGCCAGCCAGACCGGCUUGUCACCGUAUUUAAGAUUUGGAUGUUUAUCAACAAGGCUAUUUUAUUACCAACUGACAGAAUUAUAUAAAAGAAUCAAACAAGUGCGGCCGCCAUUGUCCCUUCACGGGCAGAUUCUGUGGAGAGAAUUCUUUUAUUGUGCAGCGACUCGAAACCCCAAUUUUGACCGAAUGGAAGGAAACCCUAUAUGUGUACAAAUACCCUGGGAGAAAAACCAAGAUGCCCUAGCGAAGUGGGCGAAUGGACAAACUGGAUACCCUUGGAUCGACGCGAUCAUGGUACAGUUGCGCGACGAGGGCUGGAUACACCACCUGGCGCGGCACGCCGUCGCCUGCUUCCUCACGAGAGGGGACCUCUGGAUCUCAUGGGAGGAGGGCAUGAAGGUGUUCGACGAGCUGCUGCUGGACGCGGACUGGUCGGUGAACGCCGGCAUGUGGAUGUGGCUCUCGUGCUCCUCCUUCUUCCAGCAGUUCUUCCACUGCUACUGCCCCGUGCGCUUCGGCCGCAAGUCCGACCCCAACGGAGACUUUAUCAGAAAAUACAUUCCAGUAUUAAAGAAGAUCCCGACGCAGUACAUCCACGAGCCGUGGCUCGCGCCCGAGACCGUGCAGAUCGCCGCGAACUGCGUCGUGGGCCGCGACUACCCGCUGCCCAUGGUGGACCACAGCAAAGCCUCCAAGAUUAAUAUCGAGCGCAUUAAGCAGGUGUACGCCCAGCUUGCAAAAUAUUCACCACAUGGUAAUAUCCUGAAUCCAAACAGUGUCCAGAGACCUAACGCGGUACUGUCGUCGCCAAGCCCUUCUUCUAUAAUCGCAAGCAUCAAUCAGUCGAAAUACCUGUGCAGCAAGUCUCCUGACCCGCAAAUUACGCAAACUCAACAAGAAAAAACGUACAAGGAUAUUUCGAACUAUAAUGACACGAAUAGGGCUCUGCGGCCCCAAGAGGUUGACUCGCCUAAACCCCCGCCCUUCAAAGAAAUCGUAAUUGUGCCUAUAGUACAAAACACUAAUGUGAACCACGAGAAUGUAGCAGACGGCAGAACUCAAUGAGCAGUCACACCGCGAACGUGCGAUGUUGCCCGGUUCGUCUUCAAAAAUGUUACGUGCCGAAUACAAAUUGAAAUGCCGACAGAUUCAGGUAUAUACUCGACAGAAGAAAAAAUCGUUGCAGUUGCUGUAAUCGGCAAUUGGCUGUAAUCGGCUGUAACAUGAUGAGGAUAGAUUGGCAGUCCGAAUUCUGUCAGUCGCUCAGAUGUGUACCUAUAGUUAAUUUAUAAACAUGAAUUUCUUUUAUAUGCGCUGGAUUGGAAUUAAAUGCGCAACGGCUUAGCCUCGAUCUUGACGAAGCGGAGUAUAGUGUGUGCGCAAUAGAAGUUGGGUUCUCAGCAAUUGAAGGCAGUGCUCGCGGCUCAAUUUCUAUACAAAAUAUAACAUUAAAUAAUAGGGUUAAAUAGUUCUGUAAAUAUGUCAGCAAACUGCAAACACUUUGUUGCUUUAUAUGUACUCGUAAAUUGACCCGCGAAUAUUCUCUUAAGGGUAGGUAUAUAUAUCAUUAUUAUUAUGUACCUGAAAGCACCGCUGAGAGUAAACGCCGUCUCACCUGCGAAACUUUUUUAUUAUAGGUAUAGAAUUUUGUACGUGUCUCAUAUUUCAUGUAUUUUUAUGUAAUUGGCGUUAGGAAAGUAAGAAAUAAUCUAAUAAAUGUUACAAAAUCUA